GGCAACUGACAGAAGCAGUAACCCCAGAACCCCAGAAACCACAGCAGUACGAACUGACGCGUCUCUUUGUUUUUUUUCCUCAUCCCAACUAUUUUGCACCAAAGCCAGACUUUUUUUUGAAGAUGCCGUCCACGCGGAUCCAAUGCGCUCUGGCUCUCCUGGCCGUCGCGCUCGCCGUCUGCAGCGUCUCAGCCGCGCCGUCUGAUGCCAAACUGCGCCAGUUCCUUCAGAGGGCGAUUCUUGCACCGUCCGGAAAACAGGAGAUCACCAGGUACACACUCGCAGAGCUGCUCGCAGAACUCGCGCAAGCCGAAAACGACGUUCUGGAUUCGGACGACGUGUCUCGCGGCACCGAUAGCGAGGGCGCGCGCAUGGAGAUGGAGCGCGCUGCCGGUCCCAUGCUGGCUCCCCGCGAGCGCAAAGCAGGCUGCAAGAAUUUCUUCUGGAAAACUUUCACAUCGUGUUAAUCGUUUUGUCGAGAUAUUAUCUUCAAGGUCUAUACAAAUAUAUAUCUAUUUUUCUCUUCCCCGUAUAUAUUUUUUGUUGUUGUUUUUUCCCCCCGUUGGUUUUCAGGCUCAAUCCAUCAUGUCUACAUAACGUGUAAAUAGGAAGGAAAUGAAAAAGUAAAAUAAAAUCUGUUCCAUUUA